AUGUCUGAACAGGCGAACGUGUUCACACUUGAGCAAUGUGAUUGGUGUGCCCGACUCAUCGAACGACGACCCAGUAACUCUCCUGGUUGUGACGAUCGAUUGACCCGCCAGUCAGGACUUCCCAGUCAGGUCCUUCUGAGUGUUGACGGGAAACCACAAGUCAAACAAUCGCUUCCUUAUUCCACAGGGCAGCUUUCGAUUGAAGAAAUCUAUGUGGCUCGUAGCCCACCUUCAGCCGAGUUUACUACAUUUGGCAGCAGUAUUAUCUUACCCCGACGACAAUUCCGUGGCUGCAUUCGUCAUCUUGCAGUUAGGUCUCCGGUGGGAGAAACAUCCUUGGUUUCAAUGAAGAAUACAGAAUUGGUGAAGGUUCAGUUGCCUAACACAGUUGAAAUCCGACAAGAAUGUGACGCCCGAAUUCUUGCUCCACCUAUCUCCCAAAGUUCGGAAUGGUCAACUCGAAGUCGAUACUCAACGUUCGUCACCUUUUCAAAACCCGGUGGAUACCUUCGAACAUCCGGCUGGCGAGUCGUAUCGUCCGCCGAACUAUCCUUCAAAAUGCAGACUACGGAACCUGAUGGUUUGCUUCUUUAUGGUUCAUCGGUACAUGAAUAUGACCUGCUGGAGGCGCAAGAUAUCGCGACUUACACUCCGGCUAUUCCGGGGGCCGGUAAAGCUGGAUUCGACAUAAUUGCUUUGGAACUUCGAGAAGGCCGUCUUGUGGGAAGUGUGAACAGUGGAUCGGGCGUAGUUCAGCUGGAACCCACUGAUCAUAUAAGCAGAGAGGUUUCAAAGUCUGUCCUCACCGAUGGUCAGAUACAUGAUGUUGAUGUGAAGUUUCAUGAAGGGAGCAUGCUGAUCAAAGUGGACAACAAAAGUUAUAUUUCUUAUAUCGUGGAAAAGACGUCUUACAAAUAUCUCAACCUCAAUGGCAUAUUCUACAUUGGAGGUGUUCCAAACUCAAUACGACUUGUUUCCUCUGCAAUCUCUCCCGAAGUCUGGUCGAUUCGUCUGAACAAGGAUUUCGUCGGUUGCAUCGGGGACCUCAGGGUUAACAAUGAGUUGUGGGAUAUCGAUUUGGAAAUGAGAGCUUGCUGGGCAGAAGGUUUUGUUCACCUUCACUGUUACCCACCCACCACAUUCAACUGGUGCGCCACUGAAGGUUGCAAAAACGGUGGGAUCUGCUCGGUUGGAUGGAAUCGACACACGUGUGACUGUGACACAACAAAUUUUGGCGGGGAGCAGUGUUCGGAAGCACCCUUGAUUCUCGGCUUCAAUGGCCAUCAGUGGCUGAGGAUACAAUUCGGGCCUUUCCCCGUUCGAUCACUUUCAGAAGAACUAUUGAUUCGAUUUCGAACUAGGCAGCUUCAAGGGCUAUUAUUCACCACGUACAAUCCAUCAUCUGCUGCUAGCGAUUGUUUCGAAGUGCGAAUUGACUCGGGUCAGCUGCUCGUAAUUUAUGACUUUGGAGAGGAGAGAAAGAAAUAUACAAGUGCACAAUUCGUUGCGGAUCACCGUUGGCACACAUUGCGACUGAGUCGAAGGGACCGUUAUCUGAAUUUUUCCGUAGACAAUUAUUUUCAAAUUUAUGGGUCAUUUCAUCCCGUUAUUACUUUAAAAGACAUUCCAAGAGAUCGUCGUUUUCUAUCUCACAAACACAUCAUCCUUGGACGGUUGGAACCCCUGGCGUAUCACACAGCGACUGAGACCUUCCCAAUGACUUCUUCAUAUAGACCAGAUCCAAGUAUACUACGGUCCGUUUUCAUUGGCCACAUCAUGAAAUUCAUCUUCAACGGUGUCGAUUUCCUUCAUGUAUCGAAGCAGUUGCUCAACCUGCCCGAAUACUCACUGUGGAAACGCCGCCUGGAAAUAACUGCAACGGAAGGUGUCCAAAAUCCGUUCAUUGAAUAUCCCGUCUCCUUGGCCUCACAAAGUUCGUAUGUGGCGGUCGAUCUACCAGACGGCCGAAGUGGAUUUUCUCUUCAGUUUUGGGUCAAAACUGAUAAAGAACACGGACAACUACUUGUUUACACUGUUCAAGGGAUUACCUUUUUUGCAUUGGAAAUUGUAAACGGCCAUUUGGAAGCUGUCGUGCGACCAGACGGGCGUACUAAACUGGCAUUAUACAAACCUAUAACUGAUGCCAAAUGGCACAAGUUACAAAUUUCCAGUAAUCCUUCACUACCAGAAGCCUUGGUUAUCGGAGGCGAUGAAGGGCGACAUAUUGUGAAUAUUUCUAUCCCGAUAUCUAUCAACAACCAAACGAUAUUCAUUGGUGGAUAUCCAGUGACCGGCGUUCAGGACGAAAUAGACGGCAGCGGACUGCUUACAUCCAAAGCAGCAUUUUCCGGUUGCGUCGCAUCUAUUGCUCUGGCCUACUCUUCUGAUGACAUGCAAAGACGACAGUCGUCAAGCGGCUUGGUUCAAACUGCUGGAUACAUAGCGGAGGAUGCACACAGCGCCAACUUUUUAUCAGAUGACUUGUCAAAAUUGACCCGGUGGAAUAACGUUAGUCCAGGUUGUAACGUAUUUUCAAAUGAGGUUCGCCAUCGUUACGACGGCCAUUGUACCCCUCGAAUAUGCCAUUUCGAUGGAAGGUGUGUACAACAGCUUGGCGCGACACGAUGUGACUGCUCAAUGACGAGCUUGGCUGGAAAGUACUGCACAGACGUUGGAGCUGCCAUUCACUUGUCCGCGAGUCCACUUGGCGUCCUGAAAUUUGAGCUCAGCCCACCACAGAACACCACAAGGGAUCAUUUGGCAUUCGGCAUACAGGCAACAAAACGAGGGUCCAGAUCGCUUGUUACAAUAAAAGGACACGGCACCUCAACGGAUUUUCUUCGGGUAUCAGUAAUCCCACUGAAGUCUCGUCAUGUACUUCUGGUACGUUAUAACAUGGGAGGUGGUCAGCAGACGUUGCUUGAACACAACGUGGAUAUCGCCGAUGGACGUUAUCACGUUGUACAGCUCAUCCGUGAUGGAGCCAACUGCAUGCUGCGCAUUGACCUGGAACACGAACGGGUGAAUAUACCAAAGGGGACACAAGGAAUGCACUUCAACGAUAUAAAGUACAUUCAUGUGGGAACCCCGGUGACCACAUGGCAAAAAGAUGCGUCUACAUCAAGAAACCAGUCGGGUUCAGAAUAUGAUCAAGUUUUCGAGGGAUAUAUUACAGGUUUGAACUAUAACGGAAUCGACUUGCUACAAGUUGUCAAUGGGCUAAUAAUACCUGGAAUCUUCCUCAGUGCUGGUCAUGAUAUCGAGAUGAAAUCAGGUUUUCAACCAAACAUGGAACACCUUCGAGCAGCUCAGAAAAGAUCCGACAGCACGGUCCCCCUAACUGCGAAUGACAUGCAGGUUCAUUCGAGACAAAAUGUUCCGACAGAUCACCGAUCGGAGCCAUUGAUUGUACCGAGAAUAAACUGUUUGCAACCAGAAGGCGGUUACGAUGCGAAAACUUGUCUACCAAGUGAUGAAGAUGGACUGAUCAGACCAUUCAUAGAGUUUAGCCGAACGGCUGUGUUGGAGGAAACAACCAAGAAGCCGUCUGAAGCAAAUCAUUGGAAUGCAGAUCAAAGCAGAAACAAGCAACCACAGCCGAAUGACUCCGGAUCGCUCAAUAUGGCUUCAAAUACGAACGCGGGUGAACCUGGCAUCCUGGAUUAUCAUCCUUACAAUCAGCCCAACCGAAAAAAGCAACAUAAUCCUGAUAUCGGGUUGGAUGGGGCUGUACUUUCCAGUAAAUCCUUUCAGAGCCCGGAAGAAAUCGAUGUAUUUGAAAUAUCUCAUGAUGGGCUGAAGCCGGAAUAUGCUUUCAAGAAACACUAUGUGUUCAACAUAGGUCUUAUCGCCUCCGUAUCUGCCGGUGGAAUCUGCGUAUUAAUAGUUAUCACUUGCGUUAUAUACCGAUGUAUGCGUCGCGACGAAGGUUCCUAUAAUGUUGAUGAAAGCUUAGCGUACACCGGUGAAUCUACAAGAACUCCAACGGUGGUCGGUCACCGCCUAUCUAAAGAUCCUCAAAUAUCUGACUCGGUGACAAUGCGAAACUUAACAAAGUCCGAAGACGAAGGACAGUGUCUUCAACUGGCAGGAAAAACAGCACUCAUCGUUACGUUCAGCGACACAUGUAAGGCGAACAUCCCAACCGCCAACUCUCCUUGUCCGCUUAAUUCGCCCAAACGUGAAGCACCUACUUCGCCAUCACUCGGUUCAAUUGAAAGCGACAAGCGAAAAUCCGAUUUAAUCAGGAUAGAAUCCCCAACCGAACGAAAGAGUUUGUCAGUAAGCAAAAGUAAAUCUGGGAAGAAAAUCAAUGACUCACAGGAAUGGUAUGUCUGAAGAGAAAAAAUGAGUCAUAUAUCAGACCGUCGUAUGUACCAUUUAUUGUUAUGGCACUCCGAACCAAACUUUCCAAAACUUUCAGUUUUUGUUACCAUAUAGUAUUGGAAUGAUUCCACGUUAUAUAUUAUGCUCACUUUGUCAGAUUUGUAUAUAAGUAUAAGUAUGUCAAUAUGUGUACAAGAUACGAAUGCUCAUACUGCGAAAUAUCCAUUUUAUUUGUUAUGUUGUAUGAUGGAAAAUGUAUUGCACGCGUUGGAUUAGCUGUGAGAACCGAUAAAUUUUGGCCAUUA